UGCAGAGUUAGUGGAAUGUUCCAAAACCCCAUCGCAGUGUGCAGAUACAAAUCGUGGAAGCGACGCUGGUUUAUACUGAACGACAAUUGCCUGUAUUAUUUCGAAUAUACCACAGAUAAGGAGCCGCGCGGCAUAAUACCGCUGGAGAAUAUUUCGGUGCGCGAGAUACAGGAUCGCAGCAAGCCGCAUUGCUUUGAGCUGUUUGCCACCGGCGGCGCCGAUAUCAUCAAGGCAUGCAAGACUGAUUCCGAGGGCAAGGUGGUGGAGGGCAAGCACACGGUGUAUCGAAUGUCUGCCGCAACGGAGGAGGAUCAACAGGAAUGGAUCAAGCGCCUGACGCAGUCCAUCAGCCAUAAUCCGUUCUAUGAUAUUCUGGUACAAAGGAAAAAGAAGGCGCUCAGCAAGAGUUAGUAUUAGAUCGGCGCUAGACGGGCCUGCCCCCGAUGGGCGUCACUCUUGUAUUGGAUCUCAGUGGAAUAUUGCUGCGUGCGUUCGCGUCUAUGUGUUUGUGUGUGGCUUUGCCUACAAUAAUCUCGCUCUUUGCGUAUAGUACGUGUGCGUCUUAGUGUGUGUGUGUGUGUGCUUGUGUAUGUAUAUGUAUGUGUGCUAUUAAACUCCAAAUGUUGUACUAUGCCCAACGUUUUGUAUAUAAGUAUCGUAUAUAUAUAUUUAAUUCAAUUUGUAGUCCGAUACGUUUGCCUUUGUUAUUUGAUCUAGACUCGAAAGAGACACACACAAGCCCAACUCGCACAAACACACACACUCUCAUUCACACACCCAUCUUUGUCUCUAUUGUUGUGAUAUAACUUAUUUACAUUAAGCAAAAUUUAAAAAAAAAAGGAAGCAAAUAUAAAAUGUUUAAUCGAAUGAAAUACAAUUUUCAAUUAGUGCAAAUUAUGUUAUAAUAAGUCUACGAAUAUGUCUUCAAAUUAGCAUUAGUAUCUGCGAGUUGCCCUCACAUACCACCCGUAUAAUUUACUAGCUUUAGUGCUAUGAAACAUAUCCCAGCCGCCUGCUAAAAAAUAAUUUUGCUUGGCAAUUAUUAUAAACUAUUAUCAAAAAGAAAAAAUCAAAGGCCUUUUAAAAACUUUAUUUCAAACAACGAAGAAAAAAUUUUAAAAAUUGUUGAAAAAAAACGGUGUAAAAGACUAGAAAAUUAACAUGGACAAUACAAACAUGCAUUUCACUUAUUGAAAUAUGCCAGCUAAUAGGUUAUAUCGAUAGAGUUUAAGCUCAGUUCCAAUGUGUCAUUAGGUAAUGCUGAACUACAAAUAGUGCAAGUAAACCAAAAAUAAUAAGAACAAGCCGGUGCCAAGAGGCCAACGACUGAGUAGAGUUUCGUUCUUUGUUGUAACAUAUUUCGAAAUGUUUUGUAUUGUAUUGUGUUUUGUUAAUUUGAUUAGUUAGAAACGAACCAACCACAAAGUGUUCCUGCCAAAAAUGAGAAGAUCAAACUUUUAAUUGUAAUCAAUUAAAGAUGCAACUGUUUAUAAAAUAA